CUAUACCUAUCUAUGUUUUUCGUCUCGUUGUGAAAAAAUUGUGUUACCUAUGUCAACGCUAAUUCGUAUACGUACAACCGGUUCUGUCUACAUGUAUGCGAACCCAACCCUCUCUCCUCACGCUGAUGCUGUGUGAUGCAAAUUAGUUAAUUAAGUAUUCGUUUCCGUUCUUAGUUUUUAUUUCGGAGCAAUACGAGUACGUAUAUGAAUUGGGAAGUUACCAAGGUGAUAGCUUUAUCAACGAACGUUGUUAUCAUAUUUUUAAUGACUAAUAAUUUAUACUAUGAAAGUUUUCUACAAAAAAAUAUAAAGUAAAAUAACUAAUUGGUUUUAAGAUGUGGUUCGUUCGAAAGUUGUGGAAAUGAUUGUCGAGAAAACUGCUCUAUUUUUCAAGAAUAUUCGCGUGUACUGUAGUAUAUUUUGUUGCGAAUUCGUAUAAUGAAUUACAAACUGAUCACGCAAAAUAAUUGAUUGUUUGCAGAUUCAGAUGAUACCCACAAUGAAAUUUCAAGCAACAGCCAGCCACUCGAUGAUACUUCAAUGUACAGAGUUUUCUCAUGCCGAAGAUGUCAAUCCAUGCUCACUACAACACAAUUUUGGUACUUACAAAUCACCCUCCUUCUCACGAAAAAUAAUUUGGUAACUAGUUUAUUUUUAAAACGAAGCGAGCUGCUGCUUAGCAUUAUAUUCGCCUGUUUGGCUUCUACGAGUACCUACCUAUUUCAGUCCAAUGAGGGUUCAAAGCAAUAAGCCAUUUUAUUUUUUGGUGGUUUUCAUUUUAAGCUCCAUAGAAAGAAGUAUUACAUUCGCAGAAAUGGAAAGUACAAAUAUUAACCUGGAAGAAUCUACAGUCGAACCUGACCAAAGCUAUUAUUUACACGAAUAUAGACCCACGUUGAAUAACUGCCCAGAAUGCGUGAUAUCACAUGAUGAAAAUGGGUACAAUCAGUUUGAAAGUUCAAGCCAACGUACAAUAAAUCCUGAUUGCGACAAUCUUCUAGAUCCAGGAUCAAAUUCAUCCACUAUACAUUUCACACCAAAAUUUGGACCAUACGAAGGUGGUACUAAUAUAACAAUCCAAAUUUAUGAACUCGAUUGCCCAUUUAAUGAAACCGAAAGCAAAAUCGAAGCUUCUGGAACUUCCUGCGAUCCAAUUAACGAUUCAUGCUUCCCAAAUGAAUCUAUAAUAUGUCGUAUAGGCGAGACUUCUCAUACACCACACACUAAUUUCACUCAAGGUCCGGUAAUAAUCCGUACAAAAGGUUCUAAUUUCACAUCAGAAACAAAUUACACCACCGUGAAUCGAAAAAUCCACAGUUUCUCGCCCACAGAAGGUCCUCAAACUGGCGGAACUGAGCUUACAAUUCAGGGCGAAUAUCUGAAUACAGGCGACUGCAUCGAAGUACUCAUUAAUGACUUGCCCUGCAUUGUAUUUUUCAAAAACCACACUACAUUGAUAUGUUCAACUAUCGCGACCAGAUAUCGAAUCAGGGGACAUGUUGCAGUUAAAUUUGACGGUUUUUCUAAAAUCUUUGACAAAUACCUGUACCAGUAUACAUCAGCGGAUCAUUUACCACCCGAAUACAGCAAUGUGUUCAUUCCUCAGGGUACUCCUCAAGGUGGUAAUCAAAUAUCAGUCAAUGGUGAACAUUUUGGAUCAAUAUCCAAACUGCAAAUUGAAGUUAGUUCGCCACAAGGUGAAGAAAAUCCAACAACUUACACUGGGGAAUGCAAUAUGAAUAAUGAUACUUCAAUGACCUGUUGCUCGCCUAUAAUACCAGACAUUAAGAACUGUUCCUUCGACUUCAAUACCAUAGAGUUCCCAAAAUUACUGCAUUACAAAUUUGUGGCAACUAUGCUGAACGGAAGUGAAACUCCACGACCAAUACUGGAUAUUAAACAUCCCAAAUUCUUGUUAUAUUGUAACCCUACAUAUAGCCCAUCUUGGUUCCAUAAACCAAAACCUUCUCCAUGGACUACUGUUUUCAUUGUGUUGACAGCUCUCUUGAUAGUCUGCUUUAUCUUGGGGAUAUUGAUCUACAAGAGAUGGAAAUGGAGCAGUAGUAAGAAAACGUUGGAGAUACAAUACGAAUUUGAUAGAUUAGAGUUACAAGUUGCUGCCGAAUGCAAAGAAGCUUUUGCAGAACUGCAAAUAGAAAUAUGUGAUCCGAGAAUAAGUCGCAUACCAGAUAAUUUGCCUUUCUGGGAUUAUCACACUUAUGUUAUGAAAGUUUUAUUCCCCAAUAUCCAAGAUCAUUCCGCAAUACUCCCCAAUAAUGCAAAAUUAAUCAGCAAAGGAAAACAAUUGCAGACCUUUCAUCAAUUGAUCUCAAACAAAACAUUUCUAAUCCUAUUCAUAAAAACGCUGGAAAGUUGCGAAAAUUUCUCCAUAAAUGAUAGAGUGUACUUUGCCUCCAUGUUGAUGUUGAGUUUACACAAUGAAAUGGAAUAUUGUACAGAUAUCAUUAAAACAUUGCUGCAGUCAAUGAUAGAAAAACACUUGAGAAGCUCUAGUCAUCCCAAGCUUUUACUCAGAGGCAGUGAGAAUAUCGUUGAGAAAAUGCUGUCCACGUGGUUAUCAUUCUCACUUCAUGGAUUCCUUCAAGAAUGCGCGGGAAUGCUUUUAUUUGUAUUGUUCAAAGGAAUAAAGCAACAAGUGAACAAAGGUCCGGUUGAUGAAAUUACUUCCGAAGCUCGGUAUUCUCUCAGUGAAAGAAAACUUAUUCGACGGAAUAUCGAUUAUCGUUCAUUAACGAUUUAUGUGAGUGUAUCUGAAGAUACAGCUUGCAGUACUGGAUUGGAAUCAGCUUUGCAAAAUAUACCUAUCAAAGUGCUGGAUUGCGAUACUAUCUCACAAGCUAAAGAAAAAGCUGUAGAUGGCGUAUAUUUUGCUGUCAAUUACAGCAAACGUCCCAAAGCAUCGGAAUUAGAAUUUGUAUUGUUGAGUGAUUCGUGCGAUAAUAAAAUUUUAUGCGAUAUUGAUUCGAGUUCAGAAACCGAAGGCGAAUGGAGAAGGCUGAACACAUUACGCCAUUAUGGAAUCACUCAUGGCAGUAAGCUUAAUUUAGAAUCUCAUAAACAAACCUCACAUCUUCACCAAUCCAAUCAAGAAGAAGAUGAUAUUACAUGUGAAAUACUGAAAUCAUCUAUGAAAGAAUGUGCAGGUGCUCCAUUGAUCUCACUUAUCGACGCAUAUCAGUCAUAUCACAAAGAAUGGCAUCUGAUUAAACUCAAUCGUGCUAACGAUGGUACCAUUUGUAGAACUAGAAGUAGAUAUGUUAUGAUGCCUGAGAUUUACCUAACUAGGCUGUUAUCUACAAAAGGCACAUUGCAGAAAUUUGUGAACGAUGUAUUCGAAGUUAUUUUAGACAUCAAACGACAAAAGAGCUGUUUUCCUGUAGCCAUUAAGUAUUUGUUUGAUUUUCUGGAUGAUCAAGCAUCGCUACAUUCUAUCACUGAUGAGGAAGUUGUGCACGCUUGGAAAAGUAACUGCUUGCCUUUACGAUUUUGGGUGAAUUUGAUUAAGAAUCCGGAUUUCUUAUUCGAUGUACAUAAGUCGUGUAUUAUUGAUUCUUGCCUUAGUGUGAUUGCUCAGGCUUUUAUGGAUUCGUGUUCGAUUGGGGAGCAUUAUCUGAGUAAGGACUCGCCUACAUCGAAAUUGCUUUAUGCUAAGGAUAUUCCGAGGUAUAAGGAGUGGGUUAAGAAGUAUUAUGCUGAUAUUAAAGAUAUGCCUGCUGUAUCGCCUGAAUACAUGAGAGAUGUGUUUGCGAAAGAGUCACAAUUGCAUUGCAAGGAUUUUAAUGUGAACGCAGCAAUUUUCGAGAUAUACAAAUAUGCUGUAAAAUAUAAAGAUAGAUUAAUGUCUGUAUUAAUGGCUGAUGAAUCUUCAAGGAAGUUAGGUUUGAAGGAGAAACUAGAGAAAAUAUUCGAAACCAUGACUAAUGAUUCGAAUCAUGCUUGAUCCACUAUCACUGGAUCUAGAUGUUGAUUGUUCAUUUUAAUGAUUUAUAAAGGGUAGGGAUGGAGGGGAUGGUCAGAUUCCUAAAAGCUAAGUACUCGUACUUGAAAGCAGUUUGCAAAGAACAAAUCUAAAGAGCAUGAAAGAAUUUCCCAUUAGCUAAAGUUUCAGGUGCUUAAAUUAAUUUUCUGAGUUUUGAGGAAUCCUCCAAUAAUAAAAUUUGGGUCAAAGCAAACAAUAAGAAUUAGUACCUAUCUAAUUGGAGCAAAAAAGCUGAAAUUUAGUAUGUAGGUACUUAGCCCCUAAAUCAAUUGGAAGCGGUUUCGAGUCAUUUUGACUUGUUCUGAAGGAGCCUUCAGUAAAUAUUUUGAAGAAUUUUGAAACAAUUUUGGACUUCGGUCAACUGAAAUUUCCAAUAUUGCUGAAGGUUCUAGAACGAUUCAAAACUCAUUUGUACGAGGUUGAAAAUGUAAAUCUUGAUUUUUUGCCUUUGGCCCUUUGACUUUUAAAAAUUCUCCGACGACGUUCGAAAAAUGAACUUCAGUACCUAUGUACCUCAAAUUUUGAAUAGGUACUUAAUUGGAUAUUUUUGAUUUUUUGCAUGCUUAUUAAAUCUAGCGUAGCUCUGAUUGAACACAACAAUUUUCUUUUGCGCUUUGAUAGUUACUCAAACUCACUCUACCUGUGUAAUUGAUGAACUUGAAAUGUUCCCUUUGUUAUUAUGAUUGCCUACCUCACAUAAUUUUUAUGUAUAAAGUAUGUACUAAGAUGUUUCUAUUUAGGUACUUAUCUCAGAGAGCAUUUAUAAGAGAUAGACUGAUUUUAAUUUUUGGUUAGGUAAUUUUUAUGCAUCAAAUACUCGUAUAAAAACUUUGGCAACCAGUCAGAUCAUGCACCAAAACCCACCUCGCGAAUCAAUUAUUGCCAUUUUCAAUUUGAGGAGACAGGAGAUCUUUAGAUUAUAGUGGGGACAAUUUCGAGUGUUUUUCUGUAAAAUAUGCUGUUAAGUUUUUCGUUUUUGUUUUUUUUUAAUCUAUAGAUUUUCAACUUAUGCUAUGAAGAAGUAUCAGGGGUCUUUUCAUAUCAGUUCUGCUAGAUUUCUGAAUAGAGCCCUCGGAGCUCAGCAUUUGGCCAAUUUUUAAUGAAAUUGAUUUUUUGUGAAUUUUUGAAAAUCUUUGGGUUAACAAUAAAAUUUUGCCCAAGUGACCUAGAAAACUAAAAUUAAGUACGUAUCUCCCCCACUCCUUGAAUCGAUGAGAAAUGGGUUCGAACCAUUUUGAGCAGUUCCGAAGCCUUUUGAGGACCUAAGUUUGAAUAAUUUAACUAACAGAUUUUUUUGGGGUACACUAUUUUGCCUCAUGAUGGUUUGUGAAUUUUGGCAUCGUUUACAUUAAAAAUGACCAAAAAAUAAAGAAAAAAAAUUGAAAAUAUCGAAAGAUUGCCAUAAAAACUUAAAAAAAUGAUACUUACUUAACUUUUUCAAAAAAUUUUGAAAUUUUUUUUAGGUCAAAAUUAUACAAAAUCUAUCAAGGUACUUACAUUUUACAUACCUACUUAAAUUAAAACGAUACCUAUGUAAGUUUUUAUAUUUCCAAAAACAUUUUUUUAAACAAUGAAAAAAUGAUAUAGGUACUUCGAUUUUUUCUCAAAACACUGGGGCAGGCGGGAGGGAGGGAGUAUGAAAAUUAGAGUCUUGCAAUUUCAAUUUGACGUUCCCUCCCCCCCUCCCCAAGGAAGGAAAUACAAAAAAAGGUCUGACAAUAAAUAUGUCGUUCAAGAGGACCCCCAAGAAGAGAAAUAUCCCAAUUGGAACAACAAUUUUCAAGUGGGACAAAGGGAAAUUUAAAAAACAUCCCAAAAUACACCACCAAUAGCCAAUAUUUUAGACACUGAAAUAGUUUAUUUUACGAUUUCUGGCAAAUUAUUAAAUAUUUAAAUUUAGCUCAUUUUUCAUGGAAAAAUUAAAAUUUGCUCAAAUUGACUUAAAAAGCUAAAAUUUAGUUUGUGCCCUAUUUUCUACCUCUCGAGUCGAUUGGUGAUGGUUUUGAACGAUUCUGGAGCCUCCAGUCUAUUUUCAGAUUCCCUCGUUUUCGAAAAAUAAACUUUGUAAGUGGGGUUAAAAUUAAAUUCAGCACUUGCGAACUCGUAUUUACCAUCUUUGUGACCCUUUCGAUCGAUUUAGCCCCAUUAUUUCAAUUUCUUUUGAGUCUGUUCAGAGCCAAAUUUUUUUCCAACAAAUUAUUUUUUUGUAAGAAAUGAAAAAUUUGUUGUUCGCGAACAUGAAAAUGAAAAGAGCUGAAAUUUGGUUUGUACUACGUUUUUGACCUUCCGAGUCGAUUGGUGAUGGGUUUAAACCAUUCUAGAGCCUCCAGUGGGUUUUUAGAUUCUCCAGUCAAAAACUGAAAGUGAUAAUUUCCUCUAUUUCUUCGGAUUUACCAUCUUUGUGACCCUCUUGAUUGGUUUAGGAACAUUUUUCAUAAUCAUCUUGUGCUGUUUAAAAUCCAAAAAUUUCUUCAGAUUUUAUAUUUUCUGAAAAAAAGAGAAAAAUUCAUCGAAAUUUACUGAAGGCUCUAAAACUGUUUGAAACCAUUACAAAUCGACUCGGAAGAUUGAAAAUGAAGCAUAAACAAAAUUUCAGGUUUUUUUGGUAAUUUGAUCAAAUUUUGAUUUUUUUUCAUAAAAAAUUGACCAAAGAAUUUCAUAAAAAUUCGUCAAAAAUCGAAAAAUGAAUUUCAUCAGUUGGCAUUUUUGUUGAUGGUGUGUUUUGGUGGUCCUCUUUCGACUCUUUUUUUGUUUAGUUUAGAAAUUUUUCUGUUGGUUGGGAUAUCUCGUUUGUUAGAAUAGGUAAAUUUAUCAGAAAAAACAUUUGAAGAAAAUUUUUAGUUUUUUCCCCUUCUCAUUAUCAACUUAUUUUUGGAACAUAACUCUUUCAAAGCUCCCAGAUAACCACUCUGGUGACUCGUUAAUUUUGACAUAGCCUAUACCUAUUAAAACAUCCUAAGAUAACUCGUUGAUCAUAAUAUUAAUGAAAAUAAAUCGAACUAUUCAUGAAAAAGUUCAGCUUUUAUUUAAAAAAUUUUCUAAAGAUGCUUUGAACCACCUGUGAAUUUUCUGUUUUAUGAUUCAAACAGAUUUACGCUAAGGAUUGUCAUUUAGGAACUACAGCUUCUUAAAAUUGGACCCCCUUCAUGUCCCUUCAAUGGAUCAGGGACAAAAGAAUACGAUUUCUUAAAUUUUUUGUGCAAAAUCUGGGGACAUUGAUAUGGAGUGACUUGCUCAAUUUUUAAACCGUCGUCUCAGAUUCACCCCCUUAUCAAUUCACAAUUUUAAACUUAAGAAAAGAUCUACUUCUUACUUUUGAACUCCUUUAAGUCGACUGCAGCGUCUUGUGGGGCAAUUCCAAAUUGCUCCAGAAAUGUUCAUUUUUGCAGGGAGCUAUACUGAUUGGUUCAAAAUCUUCUGAAAUUGAUUAGGCUUUAAUGUACUUGUUGGUAAACCAAGUUACAGAUUUUUUUAUCUGAAUAUUUUCUUUUUGUGGAAAAUUAAUGCACCAGAGCUUAUUUCCACUAUUUUCAAAAAUGGAUGUACCAAAAAUGGAAGAAUCAACUUCGACAAACUCUGAAUUUAUUUCUGAUGUGAGGGUGGCUAGUUCUUUCAGUGAGCUAAAUUCCAUUAGUGCUGAUGAGUUGCAUGAUUAUAAGUUCUCUUGUAAGUAUCUAAAUAUUAUUUUAUAAUCAACAUCUGAUUUGUUUUUGAUAUCUAUGUUUCUAUUUACUAUUUUUUAAAUACUUUAUUGAAUUUGAUUAAAUAUUAAGUACCUACCUAUAAAGUAUUCCUGUGUCUUUGUAAAUUGUAAUACUUCAAUUGUUUAAAUCUAUAUUUUAAAUCCCAAUCCCCUCCCAUCUACUUUGUUAUACUAGCUGUUGUACCCCCAAUUUUUUCAAAUAUACCAUUUUUAUUUGUUUUCUGAA